UGGGAGUACAUUAGAUCUUCCCUGCCCCUCCUUUGGAACCAACUCCAUUGCCAUCCAGAUAUUUGACAAACUUAUGCUUGGUGUCCUAUUAACUGCUGGACUCAAACCAGAAACCCUAAGGAAAGUGAAGGCUUGAGUUUUCUGUUGCCCUUUCCUCAUGUAGCCAAACCAGAAGCCUUGAAAUUCAUAGCCCAGCAUUCCUGGCAACAUAGUAGGCACUCAAAUACUGAUUGGACUGAUGGAUGACUGGUAGAGACUCCAAGGAGCAAAAUGUUACUGACCUCUCUCCCAAACUGCCCCCCCCCCCCUUUGAGAAAUGCCAGAAGCUUCUCAGGCUUUGCCAGCCUGGACAUCCAGGCAUAUAGCAGGCAGCUCCAGACCCUGCCUCCUGUCAUCAGUGUAAUGCAUUCAUAUCUACAAUAUGGCAAAUUUCAUAUCCUCCCUCUUUCCUGCAUUAUUGAUGGGUUGUGCACUUAAAAAAAAUCAAUAGAUCAGGGCGUGGCGCUGGAGUUAAAAAGAAGCCUUUAAAAGUCUGCUCUUGUUUUUGCUGUUUUGAAUAGGAACAAAUAAAGCUUUCCCUCUGGUUUGAAUAAGUCAAGCCCAGGGCUAGGUUGGCUGUGAUUGGCCAGGACUAGGAAAAUGUAGUUAAGAUGCAAACACAAGCAAAUAUAAUCCAGCGUCUGUGCAGCCAUUGCUAAAUCCACUGGACGUGAAGCCUCCUGCACUGGGGUAACUCUUCAAUACUGCUGCUGCUAAUUCACCAGAAAACUGGGAACACCAGGCAAGUCCUGGGAAGACAAGCACCAUGUCUCUGAGCAGCGUCUUCAGGGCUGUGGGCAACGACCCUGGGAUCAUCACCUGGAGAAUAGAGAAAAUGGAGUUGGCACUGGUACCCCUGAGUGCUCAUGGCAACUUCUAUGAGGGAGACUGCUACAUCAUCCUCUCGACCCGGAGAUCGGGCAGUCUCCUCUCCCAGAACAUCCACUUCUGGAUCGGGAAGGACUCCUCCCAGGAUGAGCAGAGCUGUGCAGCCAUCUAUACCAUACAGCUGGACGACUACCUGGGAGGCAGCCCUGUGCAGCACCGAGAGGUUCAGUUCCAUGAGUCUGACACCUUCCGAGGCUACUUCAAACAGGGCAUCAUUUAUAAAAAGGGAGGUGUGGCCUCCGGGAUGAAGCAUGUGGAGACCAAUACAUAUGAUGUGAAGCGGCUGUUACACGUGAAGGGGAAGAGAAAUAUCAGGGCCACUGAGGUGGAAUUGAGCUGGGACAGUUUUAACCGAGGUGAUGUCUUCUUGCUGGACCUUGGGAAGGUCAUUAUCCAAUGGAAUGGUCCAGAGAGCAACAGUGGAGAGCGCCUGAAGGCUAUGCUUCUGGCAAAGGACAUUCGGGACAGGGAGCGAGGGGGCCGUGCUGAAAUAGGAGUGAUAGAGGGAGACAAGGAGGCAGCCAGCCCAGAGUUGAUGAAGGUUCUUCAGGACACCCUUGGUCCACGCUCAAUUAUCAAGCCUGCAGUUCCUGAUGAGAUCAAAGAUCAGCAACAGAAGCCAAAUAUCAUGUUAUAUCAUGUCUCAGACUCGGCUGGGCAGUUGGUGGUCACAGAGGUAGGAACAAGACCUCUGGUCCAGGACUUACUGAACCAUGACGACUGCUACAUUGUGGAUCAAAAUGGAGCCAAGAUCUACGUGUGGAAAGGAAAAGGAGCUACAAAGGUUGAGAAGCAGGCGGCCAUGUCUAAAGCCCUGGCCAAUGAAGAGAUGCCAAGAGGUUGGUUCCACAAGGCACUUUUUGAGAGCUUCAUCAGAAUGAAGGGCUACCCCAGCAGCACCAACGUGGAGACUGUCAAUGAUGGUGCCGAGUCAGCCAUGUUCAAGCAGCUGUUCCAGAAGUGGUCAGUGAAGGACCAGACCACAGGCCUGGGGAAAACAUUCAACAUUGGUAAAAUUGCUAAAGUUUUCCAGGACAAGUUUGAUGUGACUCUGCUACACACAAAGCCAGAGGUAGCUGCCCAGGAAAGAAUGGUAGAUGAUGGCAGUGGGAAAGUCGAGGUCUGGAGAAUUGAGAACCUGGAGUUAGUUCCUGUGGAACGUCAGUGGCAUGGCUUCUUCUAUGGAGGAGACUGCUAUCUGGUUCUCUAUACAUAUGAGGUGAACAGGAAGCCACAUUACAUUUUGUACAUCUGGCAGGGGCGACACGCCUCACAGGAUGAGCUGGCAGCCUCAGCAUACCAGGCUGUGCAACUGGAUCAGCAGUUUGAUGGGGCCCCUGUGCAGGUUCGGGUCAGCAUGGGGAAGGAGCCACGCCACUUCAUGGCCAUCUUCAAAGGGAAGUUGGUUAUCUAUGAGGGUGGGACUUCCAGGAAGGGAAAUACCGAGCCUGACCCUCCAGUAAGACUCUUCCAGAUUCAAGGAAAUGAUAAAUCUAACACCAAGGCAGUGGAGGUUCCAGCCUUUGCCUCUUCCCUAAACUCCAAUGAUGUCUUUCUGCUGAGGACCCAGGCGGAGCACUACCUGUGGUAUGGCAAGGGUUCUAGUGGGGAUGAGCGGGCAAUGGCUAAAGAGCUGGCCAGUCUUCUCUGUGAUGGCACUGAGGACACUGUGGCAGAGGGCCAGGAAUCAGCUGAGUUCUGGGACCUACUGGGAGGUAAAACUCCUUAUGCGAAUGACAAAAGACUACAGCAGGAAACCCUAGAUGUCCAAUCCCGUCUCUUUGAAUGUUCUAAUAAGACUGGCCGGUUCAUUGUCACUGAAAUCACAGACUUCACCCAGGAUGACCUGAACCCAGGUGAUGUGAUGCUCCUGGAUACCUGGGAUCAGGUGUUCUUGUGGAUUGGAGCUGAGGCAAAUGCCAUAGAAAAGGAGAGGGCCCUUGCUACUGCCCAGGAGUACCUGCACACUCACCCCAGUGGACGAGACACCCAUACACCCAUCCUGAUCAUCAAACAGGGAUCUGAGCCUCCCAUCUUCACAGGCUGGUUCCUGGCCUGGGACCCUUACAUUUGGAGUGCUGGAAAAUCAUAUGAACAGUUAAAGGAAGAACUGGGAGAUGCUGUUACUAUCAUGCAAAUCACUGCUGACAUGAAGAAUGCAACCCUUUCCCUGAAUUCUGCUGUCAAUGAGCCAAAAUAUUACCCUAUAGAAGUUCUAUUGAAAAAUCAAAAUCAGGCGCUUCCUGAGGAUGUGAACCCUGCCAAAAAGGAGGCCAAAUGUCUCUAGAACCUAUUCAGCCUCUGUUGCCUCUUCAACUUCUCCACAUUCAAACCGCACAAAGUCUACUACAGACACCCCAUGGGGCUGCACGUACUGUCCCAAUGUGAUGGAGGGAUCCAGCAAGUAUGGCUGGGACAGCAUCUUGGUCUCUGCCUCUCCCCCAGGUUCAUCAUCCAGGGAGCCAACAGAGAGAGGGGCCAUGCCCACCACAUGCUGCCCAAGGCGGCGGCCAAGGUCUUCAAGGUUUGCUUUCUGUUCAGAUGUCUCACAGAUGACCAAGGCCCCAUACUUUCCCAGCACUAGGUUGUGGAGUGAAGGACUGUGCAUUGCUCCAUGGACGUAAGAGCCAACGUAGAACCCAGAUGGCACCUUCACCCAUGCAGCUCGUUUCAAAAUCAUGUUUUCUCCCAGUUUCCCUAUUAUUAAAAAAAAAAAACCAACAUGCCAUCAGAAUAUGAUACCUGUGGUGAUACCAAUGUAUGCACAAAAGAGUCCAAAUUUGGACUCAAAGAUAUAUAAGUUUCAGUUUUGUUUAAAGAGGAACGGGGUAUGGUGGGAGAGUACUUUAAGAAGCACUAUGUGCCAGGUACUCUAGUAUUUAAGAGGCUAUGGUGUCACAGACUCAGGUCUCAGUUCUACCUCUUCCUAGCUAUAUGACCUUGGGCAAGAGACUUAAUGACAUAACCCUAUUUACUAAUUUAUCAAACCAUAGUUUCCUGGUCUGUAAAAUGGAGCUGACAUCACCUACCUUUCAGGGUUACUGGGAGAAAUAAAUGAGAUGAUAUAUGUAAAAGUAUUUUAUUAUAGCAUCUGGCACACAGUGAGUGCUUAAAGGCUAGCUAUUAUUAAUACAUUAAACUUAGGUUUACAGUGCUUAAGUAACCCACUCAAUAAUACAUGGCAAAACUGGUAUUAAAACUCAGAUCUGACUCCAAAGCAAUUAAGUGAUUUUCCCAACUGAAUUGCCAUCCCUACCAUAUAACCAUAACUGAUAUCAACAACUCUUCAUCAUUCACUAUAAUCAGGAAAAGGUCUACAACUAAAAGUCCCAGAAAAUCCAAAAUCUAUGUCAUCUGAUAGUUUUGACUUCAUAUCUUUAAAAACAAAAGGAUGAUAUUAUCAGAACAUUGACAUAACCCUAUUUACUAAUUUAUCAAACCAUAGUUUCCUGGUCUGUAAAAUGGAGCUGACAUCACCUACCUUUCAGGGUUACUGGGAGAAAUAAAUGAGAUGAUAUAUGUAAAAGUAUUUUAUUAUAGCAUCUGGCACACAGUGAGUGCUUAAAGGCUAGCUAUUAUUAAUA